AUGACACAAGAAGACAAAACGAAGAUGCUCAGCACUGGCCUCUAUGAGCGCACACACAUUCUGGUUGGCGACAACGGGGUCGAGGCGCUGCGGCGGGCCUGCGUUCUCGUCGUUGGGGUCGGCGGCGUUGGCGGGAUCUGCGCGGAGGCCCUCGCACGGGCCGGCAUCGGCAGCAUCACCCUCGUCGACCCCGACACCGUCGUCACGUCGAACAAAAACAGACAGAUCGUCGCCCUCGACAGCACCGUUGGCUGUGCGAAGGUCGACGUCCUCGCGGCGAGGCUCCGCGAUAUUAACCCCGACGCCCACAUCAGCCCCCGCCGCAUCCGCCUCUUGAAGGAUGGGGAUACGGAGGGGGAGGAGGGGGAUGGAAAUGAAAAGGAGGAAGGAGAGAAAUAUAGUCUUUUUGAAAGCGCCGAGGCGCUCCUCCAGAGUGACAAGCCGUACGACGCCGUCAUCGAUUGCAUCGACAGCGUCGGACCGAAGGUGGCGCUGCUCGCGGCCGCGGCGGGCCGGGGUAUACGUGUCUUCGCGUCGGGGGGUGCCGGCGGACGGCUCGACCCCUCGCGCGCUGGCCUGCGCGAUAUUUUUGAUACGGCAAAUGACGGCCUCUUACGGGCAUGCCGGGCGGCGCUGCGGCGUCGCGGUAUCGGGCCCGGCGUGAUCACCGUCGUCAGCAGCUUAGAAAAGGGCCUCCCGCCGCUGAACCCACCGCCGCGCGCGGACGGCGCCGUGGACCCCCGACGAAAGGCUGUUAAUGGAACGAUCAGCUAUAUGCCACCUUUGUUCGGGCUUAUAUUAGCCUCCGCGGUGAUCCGCUACCUGCUGGAUCCGCAGGCGGCGAAGGAAAACAAGGCGAAAGAGGCGAAAAAAAGGAAAAGAGAGGCAACAAAAAAGAACAGGGCUCUUCGACACCUAAAAGGUAAAAAGGAACUCCCAAAGGACACUUCGUAA